AUGCUCCACCAAGCUUCCAACGAAUUCACUCGACGGGCUUCUGUAGCAUCGACCGACCCUCCCAAAAUCAGCGCCCAGUAUUUUUACUGCUCAUCUUUACCCAUCGACGACCCUCUUUCGCCCGUGCCUCCUUCCUCCAGUAAUCCAGCCAACAAGUCCUCAAAAGUUCCGCCCAGACCUUUCUCCGUCCACGACAAUAUCGCGUUGGAAGACGCCUGGCUAAGACUCCAGCAGCCUGUUAGCUCCAAGAAGGAUGCACCUGGGUCGAGGUUCAAUACCACAAAUGUAUCUCCCAAGAACCAGGAGCACAUAGCACAAAUAAUAAGAGAUGCGCACGAGAAGCAGGUAGUUGAACCGGGAAAGACAAACAGCCAGGGCUUCGAGGCUCUGGAGGCCAUGCCCGAUAACAGGAAUGACAUGAUUCACAGAGCGAUUGGCAAUGCCACACACCCGGCUGGCCUCGGAAAGGAACAUCGACCGGCAAGCCCAGACUUGACGCUGUGCGAUGAUCCAGAGCACAUCCCGUUCGAUGAGACCAUGCCGGUGAGCUCAGAGGAGAUUGGCAACGACGAAUUUGAGAGCGGUAUCGUAAAAAAGAAAAGAAGCUGGAGUCCUUUCCGCCGAAGGGACAAGUUCGAGAAGCCCAAAGGAACAGACGAUGCAGUACCUUCCGAGACCCUGUCCCCGGGAAUAAAGGACGCUGGCAAUGUAAACCUUAGCUCGAGCCUUUCGGGACGAGAUACAAGUGGCACGCCUUUCCUAAGAAUCCCUUCUCGCAUUCGCGGAUCACGGUCACGUAGACGUUCAGGCUCGCCGGAAUCGCGUCUGUCAGCGCCAGAACCGCCCCCCUCAACGCCAGAACUGGGUCAAGCUGAUGGUGCUCGGUCUCCAGAAAAUUACCAUCCGAAAACGUCAUCUCCCCUGAGACCCACGUUCCAAAAAGCCAGUUCUAGUCACUCAAGUGAUGAUGAAGAAGGCUCGAGGCUAGACACCGGUUCCCGAAAGCAUUCGCUGCGCCCCAAGCAACCUAGGAUCCAAGUUCCUGAAGAAGCUCACGUGGCUGUGGGGAUGCUCCGAUUGCACGUGGUUCAUAUGCCAAGCUUAAAGAUGGGGCCCAUAUAUUGGGAUCCAGUCCACGACGUCUCGUCUGUUAUUCGCGGGACCUGGUUUUUCAAGGACACAAUGAUGCCUAUCGAGUCUGACCUUGCGAAUCGGAUCGAAGAAGGCUAUGAGUAUAUAAGACCGUGGACCCGGGCAUACGUUGAAGAGUUGGACAGCUGUAUGGAGUUUGGUCCUGAGGCCGAACUCAAAAUCAUCCUCAAAUUAUGGCCAGAUGCUCCACUGGCCGAUCAGGUUCGACCAACUACGGGCAAAAGCAGUCGCUUGCUAAUCGAACCCGCAACAACGGAACUCGGGCCUGAAGAGCAGAAGCUGCAGCAAGCCAUAGUAAUUGCUGAGAUGUCUGAGAACAAGGCCACUGGCGUUCUUGACGGCUUCACUUCCUCUCACACGGAACUAGCGGACGCUAGUAUCAUCUACGCCAAUGGCAAAGACGCCCAAAUUUUGAGGACAAGCCAAAUCCCUUCCGUUUCCCGUGGACGGAAACCACUGGGAAAUAUUCGCAAGGGCAAAGCUGUAGGGAUACCUGUAGUUCGCGGGUUUGAUAUGAAGGCCUGGGAAAAGCUGCAUCCACCAACCAAGAAAGCUGCAGCUAUCGUCCAAGCUCAGAAAGUGGCCCAAGAAAUCAAGAAAGCUGGCACAAUAUCUCCCGUGGAACCGACGUCAUGUAUUGCUUGCGCGUCUGCAGACGAAAGGCCGAAGCCCACUGAUUUGGUACUGGUCAUUCAUGGGAUUGGACAAAAGCUUUCCGAGCGCGUUGAAAGCUUUCAUUUCACACACAACAUCAAUCGCUUUCGCAGGCAGAUGAAUCUGGAACUCGAAGCUGAUCCGGUCAAACCCUGGUUGCGUCAAGACUUGGGAAGUAUCAUGGUUUUGCCUAUUAACUGGCGUUCCAAGAUGAACCUGGACGAAGGAGGUCCGGAACCUAAUCCCAAUCAGAAGGAGGCCGACUCUCCUAAAAAUCAGUUUGCUCUGAGGGAUAUCACUGCAGAUUCUCUACCGGCGGUCCGAAACUUGAUCAGCGAUGUCAUGCUCGACAUUCCGUACUAUCUCUCGCACCACAAGCCCAAGAUGAUUGAGGCUGUCAUCCAUGAGGCCAACCGUGUUUAUCGAUUAUGGUGUAGCAACAACCCAGAUUUUCACGAGAAUGGGAGAGUCCAUCUCAUUGCCCAUUCUUUGGGCAGUGUGAUGUGUCUCGAUAUUCUGAGCAAACAGCCGACCAGAUUGCCCAGACAGCUCGAUCUUAAGGCCAGUAAGGCUCGUACCGACAUCUUCGAGUUUGACACCAAGGGUCUUUUCUUCUGUGGCAGCCCAGCUGGAUUUUUCUUACUCCUUAAUAAGGCACCUCUAAUACCUCGCAAAGGUCGAGACAAGCCAGGUACAGAAGGCGAAGACAGCAAUGGCAAUGUUGCUGGUGAAGCCAGUACUUAUGGUUGUCUCGCAGUGGAUAACCUCUACAACGUCAUGCACUACCUCGAUCCAGUCGCCUAUCGGCUCAACGCAUGUGUCGAUGUUGAUUACGCAGCGGCGCUAAAACCUGCUUCCGUUCCCAGUGCUACGGAAACCUGGGGUCAGUACCUGGGCUCAGUCUUCCGCAGCAAAUCGAGUGUACCCACAAGGAACAUGACCGGCUUGGACACAAUGCCGAGGCGUCCCACUGUCGCGAAUAUGCCUUCGACUGUGGAGUUGGAAAUACAUAAUUUCACGCAGGAAGAGAUCGCGGAGAAGCGGAUGUUCCUCUUGAACGAUAACGGGCAGAUAGAUUACACUUUGCGUUCUAGUGGGGGCGCUCUGGAGAUCCAAUACCUCAACAUGCUUAGUGCGCAUAGUAGCUACUGGACUAUGCGGGACUUUGUGAGGUUUCUUGUGGUGGAGAUUGGGAGGAAGCCUGGGAAGUCGGAGACGAUCAACUCAUUGAAGGCGGCGAAGAAAGCCUUUGGGACGAAGUAA